AUGGCCGAUGGUAGUUUUUACAAAUACAUAACCGAAUGCUAUGGUGAAUCUGUGCUCAAUAAGUUCAAAAGCUACGCCAUUGCGAAUUCUAAGCUAGCAAACAUGCAAAGCCGAAAGUCGUUCCUAAUCAACUGCAGAAGACGAGGUAUGUUUCCCCAGCACAUAGUACAGUCCCUGAAAUGCCUGCAUGAGAUGAUCGCAAAAAAUGAAACAUGCCUAGCAAAGCUAGACAGAUGUGUUAAAAAAUUCAAGAAAGCGAUACUGAAUAUUGAGAUAAAGCAAGUUUUCAACAAAAUCAAGAAGUUAAAAGGGAUAAUGGAACAAGUGGGUCCAUCACUAUCGAGCAUAACAAACGAAAACAUCAGUCGAAACUUUUUGCAAACGCAAGCUAUGUCGUUCCGAACUAAAAUGACGAAACGAACCAAAACCGCACAUAAAAAGCUGAGCGAUAUACUAGCCCGAACACUAACGGCACCAGGAGCGUUAACAACCAACGAUAAAGCGAUUUUCAACGCUACAAAGGUUCAAGUCCCAGCGCAGACUCUAACCCUGCUGAGUCUCGGUCCAAAAUUUGCAUUAACGCCGACAAAUGUCAACCAAAUUCCGAUGUUUCAUGUACUGGCCGAUAUAGAAGAAAUUAUUAGAACACACGCCGACAAACGAACUCAAGACGAGAAUCGUUGCAGAGCCAUCAACAUAAUACAAAACUAUGUCCAUGGCUUCCACUCGCAGAUCGAUACACGUGACCCUACGGUGGCCUUUUGCAAUUCUUCCAUCAGAGAGACGAAAAAUUUCCUUCGGUCACACCCAGACUUAUGCAUUCUUUCGUCGGAUAAAGGAAAACGGACGGUUAUUAUGGAAAAGAAAAUGUAUGAAGAGAAAAUGCUAGCAUUGGUGGGCGACGAAGGAACGUACGCAAAACUAACCAGGGAUCCAACGAGUGGAAUUCAAAAAACGAACAAUAACCUGGUAAACAGAUUAAAAAAUUUAAAGCUGAUCGACUACACAACUGCCAAACACCUCACUGUUAAUAAUUCCGUAUGUCCACGCAUCUAUGGUCAACCAAAAGCUCAUAAAGAAAAUCUCCCCCUACGCCCAGUAAUCCCCAACAUAACCGCCCCCACUUACAGACUGUCAAAAUUCUUUGCGAACAUUUUAGCAGGCUCGAUCAAAAGCACGUACAGCACCCACAGCUCGUUUGAAUUCUGUGACGAGAUAAACAAGGUGAUCUUGCCAGAGGACCAUAUUAUACUUUCUCUGGAUGUGGUAUCACUGUUUACGAAUGUUCCGAGGGAAUUGGUCACCAGGAUGAUAAUUGAGCGGUGGAGAGAAGUUGACACAAAAAUCAACCUAGAUUUGUUUCUGGGAGCUAUUAGUUUCUGUAUGGAAUCCAGUUACUUCCAGUACAAAAAUCAACAGUUCAAACAGAUUUACGGUACCACAAUGGGAAGCCCUCUUUCACCAAUAUUGGCGGACAUAGCGCUAGAUUCGGUUAUAGACAGGGCACUAACUGAACUGCCAUUCACCGUCUCCAUAAUCCGUAAAUAUGUGGACGAUCUUUUCCUGGCGGUGCCAAAAGACAUGGUACCUAAGGUGUUGGAUGUGUUUAACAGACAGGAACCGAGGUUACAGUUCACGGUUGAGGUGGAAAAAGAAGGAAAGCUACCCUUUUUAGACAUGAUCGAAGAAUGCUAA